GUUUGGUUUGGCCGUUUCAAAAGGCCAUUUCAUCACUCUCAUCGUUUUUUCCGUUUCUCGCCCUCCGGAGAGAAAAAAUAAAAAUGGCGACUUGACAAUGUCAAUCGAUCCCUCAUCUCAACACAGACGAGACAGCUCCCUCCUGUCCCGGUUCUGAUUCCCUCUUCCCUCCGUUGAAUUUCCCUUCCCCCCAUUUCCACCUCCUUUUGUCUCUCCCUGUCCCCCUCUCCUCCCAAUCGCUCUCCAUUUCCACCAUCUCGAUCACCUUCCCAGGUCUCGGAGAUGGCUAGUCGGGUGGAUCACGAGUACGACUAUCUAUUCAAGAUCGUGUUGAUCGGAGACUCCGGCGUCGGCAAGUCCAACAUCCUCUCGAGGUACACGAGAAAUGAGUUUUGCUUGGAAUCCAAGUCCACGAUCGGCGUGGAGUUCGCCACCAGAACUUUGCAGGUAGAGGGAAAGACAGUCAAGGCGCAGAUAUGGGAUACUGCUGGUCAGGAGCGGUAUCGAGCUAUUACUAGUGCUUAUUAUAGGGGAGCAGUUGGGGCGCUUCUUGUCUACGACAUAACCAAGAGGCAGACUUUCGACAAUGUGCAAAGGUGGCUUCGUGAGCUGAGGGAUCAUGCAGACUCUAACAUUGUUAUAAUGAUGGCCGGGAAUAAGUCUGACCUGAGCCAUCUUCGAGCUGUUCGAGAAUCAGACGGCCAGAGCUUGGCUGAGAGGGAGGGCCUUUCAUUUCUGGAGACAUCUGCAUUGGAUGCAACAAACAUAGAGAAGGCAUUCCAAACAAUUCUGUCCGAGAUAUACCAUAUUAUAAGCAAGAAGGCAUUGGCAGCUCAGCAAGCAGCAGGUGCUGCUGCAAUUCCCGGUCAGGGAACCACGAUUAAUGUUGCAGAUACAUUGGGGAGCGAGAACAAGAAAAGCUGUUGUUCUACUUAGGACAAAGAUUCGAUAGAGGGGAAGGUUUUUCCUGCAAACAAAACCCAUUUGCUCGCGGGACGGACAGGUCCAAAGCUUUGUAGAGUACCUGAUUCUUUUUCUACCUUGGAAUUCUGAUCGUGGAAGUGAUACUGAAUAGCAGUACUAUAAGCUUUUGAGUGGUGCCGGGAAACCUAACCUAUCUCGAUAUACUUUCUUUCUCUUGUCGUCAUGUUUACAGUUAUAUCUUCACACUGGAAAUGUCAAGUAAAGAUAGUUGGAUGUUCGGGGUAGCAUGGGCAAAUCAAUGGAGAUACUGUCUUUAUCCUCUC